AUGUUAUUAGGCAAUCAGCGCGGGCUUCAAAAGCAGCGAGUUGGAGGAGGAGGUGGGCUCUUUGCUCGACCAGUGAGAAUGCCCGUCGCAGAAGCCCAGAAAGGCCGGGGCAGGAAGGCAACCGCUUCCGUAUCCGCAGCCGCCGCCCGAAGGCAAUCCGCUCUCAGCGAGGAGGAGGAUGAGGCCAGCAUCGUCCAACGAAUGGACCAGGACGACGAAAGCAACCGCGACGAUCCCGAUUUUGACGAGGGCGAAGAGGAGGAGGAGCACAUUGACGAUGAGGACGAAGACGAGGAUCCGGACAGCAACGCGACCAGCGAACCGGAGGAGCAGAUUGAGCCGCCGUCUUUCAGCCUGGCCACGCUGGGCCUCCAACGCGUGGGCAGCGCUCCGCCGCCCAAGCCCAAGGUGCAGAAGGCCCCGAUCCUGACUCUAAACGCGCGCGGCAUGCCCGCCCGCAUACGGAAGAGGAACAAGCUCUUCUACGACGACAACAUAAUCAACGACGACAAGCCGCUGCGCAUGAGCUUGGCGCCCAAGAAAAUGCCCGGCAGACCGCCGCUCUCCGCCGGCGGAGGCUCUGCCCAGAAGAGCCCACUCACGCCAUCCAAGGUGCUGAAGAAGCGCAAGGGCGUGGUCUCCCGCUACAUGCGUUCCAAUGAACAGGGAUCCAGCCCCAACUCGGCCAGCAGUCAGUCGCAGCAGGUGGGCAAGCACAAGAAGACGCCAACGAAGGCCCAGUCAGUGGGCAAGCUGCCUUCAGCCAGCAAGCUAGGCUCCGGGGCACUGAAGUCGGGCAGAGGUGCCCAUCUGAUUGGCAAGGGUGCGGCUGCAGCGGCAGCAGCGGCCGCCGAGGAGGAGGCCAGUCAGGCGGAAGCCACGGCCCUGGCCAACAAGCGCUUGGGCCAGUCCAUUGGCCUGCGACUGCGCAAUCUCCUCAAGCUGCCCAAGGCGCACAAGUGGGCCAUAGCCGAGUGGUUCUACUCGUACAUCGACAAGCCACUCUUCGACUGCCGGGAUGAGUUUAUGAACCAUGUGAACGAGCUGGCCCCUCGGCUAAACACCCGGAGCCUCAAUCGCCACGAGUGGGUGAACAUCAGGCGGCGGAUGGGAAGACCCCGGCGCUGCUCCGCCAACUUCUUCAGUGAGGAGCGCAAGGAGCUGGACAGGAAACGCCAGUUGAUGCGCACCCUGCAAUCGCGUAAGCCAGGCGAGUUCAAGGACUCCAUGCUGCUGUCGGAUAUGCCGGAAAAGAUACCGAUGCCCCUGCCGCUGGGUACCAAGGUAACCGCCAGAUUGAGAACGCCCCAGGAUGGAAUAUUCGCCGGCACAGUGGCAGCCUACGAUUCCAUGAACUCCAUGUAUCGGGUGACCUUCGAGCGACCCGGCCUGGGCACCCAUGCCAUCCCAGACUACGAGAUUGUGUCGGAGAACUUUCACGAGAUGCUGCCGCUGCACAGCUUCACCAAGGACUUCCGGCCGAACUUGAUGAGCAUCUAUCAAACGAACAACCUGGGCUUCACCACCAAUCUGGGAUUCACCGCCAAUCUUACGAGCAACUAUCUGCAGAAGAAGGAAAAGGCAGCCGGCGGCGGAGGAGCGGGAUCAAACUACUCGAGGCCGCAAAAGCAUCUGGCCAGCAACAAUGCGGCUGCGCGGAAUGCGCUCAGCAUGAAGCUGAACAAGAGUGAUCCCCUGCUGGGACAGGAUUCCGUGGGCGAGAGUCCCAUCCGGCAGCAGUUGGCCCGGCAUCACGCCUACUCCAGCACGCUGCUGGAGCACCUGGUGCACCUGGAGAAGCACAUUGCGGUGAAGGCGGACCGCAUCCAGCGCCUGAACAAGAUGAACGCCACCGCCGAGCUGGCUAUGGGCGAGAUGAUCAGCCAGGACGAGAACGGGGAUCGCCAUCGCCGCCAGAUUGCCGACAACUUCCAGCGGCAGUAUGCCUUCAACAUUGUGUCCAUCGAGCGCAUCAAUGGCGAGCUAAUGUUCGAACUGACCAAGGUGCAGGAGAUGUCCACCAGCCUGACGCGCAAUCCCAACGUGCAGGCCAUGAUCUCGCCGACAUAUCUGCGCGAAGAGUGCCGCGCCAAGGCCUCGCAAACGGUGGACGACAUCAACAAGGGAAUGGUCAAGAAUCCGCGAAUGAUACGGCUGCUCAAGAACCUCACCACGCUGCUGAUCGUCACCCAGAAUCUCGGGGGCGACUGCGACGUGAGCGAGGUCAACAAGGUGCUCGAAGGCUGCCUCGAGGAAGUGCGCAGCAACCUCUUUUGCAGCGACAACAGCGAGGUGUUCCAGAAGAGUGUUCAGGUGCGACUGGAGUACAUAGCCAUGGACAUAAGCAGGAGCCUCGAGGAGCACAGUCGCACGGCGGAGAACAACGAUGAUGUCAAAUCGCCGCUCAAGUCGGAGGAACACGAUGACGAGGACGACAUGGACGAAAAUCGCGUGCAGGAUCACGAGCAGGAGCCGGAGGAAGCCGCAGCAGACACCUCAAAAACGAGAACGAAAGGCAGACCCAAGAAGGUGGAUAAGAAAGAUCAGGCCGAAGCUGGCAAGAAAGUCCAGAAAGAUCAGCACAUGGACACGGACGCCGAGGAGGAGGAGAAGCUGGACUCCGACGAGUCGGACAAUGCAGAGCAUCUGAAUCAGCAGCAGCAGGACGACGAGCACGACACGGAGGAGCAGCACCUGGAGCCGGAGGAGCAGUCGCCCAUUCCGGCUGCCACCGAGGACACGCAGAUCACCAUUGAGUCGAUGAAGGAGUCCGACGAUGAGUUCCAAUCGACCGCUGAAACGGAGGAGGAGGACGAUAUGGCCGGCCUAGAGCAGCUGAAAAUGGAAGGGGAAGAAGGGGAGGAGGAUGAGGACUAUGUCUACGCGAAGUAGCCUCCUGAGGAUUGACCGAGCUCCAUCUUUUCGCUUUUCGAAUACCUACACUUUCCUAUUAGUUUAUUUUCCUUCGUUCGGUGGUUCCAUUCUAUGGCCCCCUGGACGAAGGUUUAAACGCAAGUGAAAGUGGAAAAAUUCGAAGAAAGCGUUGCAAUAAAAUCUGUAACAAAAUUACCCACACGGCAUUGGGAUUCUUUAACGUUUUUUUUUAUAUAUAGCACAGAGUUUGUAAAAAUGUGUAUUUACAAUUUCAAAGAAUAAAAAAAGUAUAAAACAA